AUGCUGUCAGCUUGCCCAAAAGCACUCCAGUCUGGAUGGAAAACACUAAGACAUAAUUUAGUGCUAAAUGUUGAUCCUUCAGCUGCAACAGAAGGUCAAGUGCCUGAACUGAGCUUGCUCAAGACAGCAUUUGUGAAGCAAGGUGUGAUGCCAAAGAGACAGAAACCUCGGCAGGGCAAAGACGGAAUAUGGGAGGUGCUCGUGGACAAGCCAUUGCCUGAUAGCAUCAUUGUGUCAGUACUCCGGCCCGACCUGGUUUUGGUAGAUGAAGGUCAGAGACGUGUGGUCUUUGGACAGCUUACUGUACCAUGGGAGGACAACAUUGCUGAGGCCCAUGAGCGGAAGCUGUUGGGCGGUGAAGAGCUGGUAGCUGAGAUUCAGGAGAAGAGUUACAUCUGUGAGCUGGUUGCGUUCAAGGUCAGCUGCAGUUGCAUUCGAGGUUUCCCAGCAGCUUCUCUCAGACGGUUUCUAAAGGUGGCUGGUGUAUCUGCUGUGAGGAAGACCAUCAAGGAAUGUGGGGAGAAAGCAGUUGAUGGUAGUUCUUGGAUUACCAGGAGGUUUAUGUUGGUAUUCCUCACAGCAGAUACACCAGCCACCUUUAGAAAUCUUCUGAGAGAACUGUCAUACAUCCAGCAGUUGCAGGCCAACCAUGUAGAGAGAUGCAGAGCUUGA